AAGCGUGUAGUGGACUGUAUAAACAGACAGAGAGAAGUAAACAAUGUGGUUUGAGGUUUCUGAUCUUCUUUCCUUCUUCUCUCAUCUGAGGAAGUGGCCAGACAGAAAUUGCCUCAGUGUUUCAGUAACAGAUCUGAGCAGGUUCUGUCCUGAAAGCUCUUGUUAGGAUGGUGGGAUCAUUUAGGAUGUGGAUUUUAACUCUUUGUUUCCUGGGAUUGGUAGAUUUAUUUGAAGCCGCCCUGCGUCCUCGUUUGUCUUUUCCCCGAGGAAGUCUAGAGCGUAGCUUGGGCAUCUAUGACAGCUCUACCGUGAAGAACUACACCACCCUGCUGCUCAGUACUGAUGCUAACACACUGUUUGUUGGCGCCCAAGAUGCUGUGCUCUCACUGGACGUCAGCCAGCCUGAUAACAUUACACUCAAAGACAAGUUGCAGUGGGCAUCAUCUGAAGACAAUCUGAAAAAAUGUCACAUGGCUUCAAAGACGGACUGUAGAAACUUUGUUCGUGUUUUGCAGUUUUUUAACUCGACACACCUCUAUGCCUGUGGGACAAAUGCAUAUGGACCACAAAGCAUCAUAAUUCCAGCUGGUUCUCUGAGCACCAUGAAAGACACAAAAGAUGCCAAAAACUGCUGUCCAUACAGCUCCACUCAGAGGAACACAGCCACCAUUGUUGAUGAAGAGCUGUAUACAGCCACUAGUGUUGGCUACUUUGGGAAAGAUCAUGUAAUUUCUCGCUGCCUUAGCACAGGAACACGCAACAACUUGGUGCUUGACAGCGAACCAAAAUUGUUAAAUGAUCCUGUAUUUAUACAUUCUACACACAUCGCCAGUGAAAGAAAGAUCCUGCUGUUUUUUACUGAGGUUGGGGACUUGACUGGAGACUUAUUUGCGAACUCAUUUACUGUGUCCCGUGUGGCCCAAAUCUGCACGGAUGACAACGGAGGACACCGGGUACUACAGAAGCGUUGGACAUCUUUUGCCAAGUCUCAGCUGGUCUGCCAACAAGGGGACGGACUUCAGUUUAAUAUCCUGCAGGAUAUUGUCACGCUUUUGGACGAUGACUACCCUGACAAUACUCUGUUCUACGGUGUCUUUACCCCCCAAUGGUCGUUGUCCUCUGGUCGGUCAGCAGUCUGUGCUUUUAGUCUAGCAGACAUUAAAGCAGCAUUUUCAGGGCAUUACAAAACAUAUGAUAUGAAUGGAAACAAAUGGUCACCCCAUUCAAAUACAGAUGGCAAACUCGGAAAGUGUGGAUUGUUUAAUGACAGUGACAGCGUGUUAAACACUGUAAAAAAGACCUUUCUCACUAAACAAGCAGUGCGUCCUAUGGGGAAGAAACUACUUCUGUCAUCUCCUGAAGAGCUUUAUAGCCGUUUAGUUGCUCAGAAAACCCAAGCUGCCAAUGGACGGAGUUACACCAUACUGUACCUGCUCACCGAGUCUGGAUUUCUUCAUAAAAUCGUCCUGCUGACUAAAGGUCCUCAUAUUAUCGAGGAGAUCCAGGUUUUCAAGCAACCACAAACGGUGAAAAACAUCAUACUCUCCACCAAAAAGGGUGUGUUAUUCAUUGGCUGUUCUGAGGGUGUCUUUAGAGUGCCUGUGUCCCGCUGUUCAGUCUACCCAAACUGUGCAGAGUGCGUGUUGGCCCGUGACCCGUUUUGUGGAUGGGACUCAGAGACUAAAGUGUGUACUACUGUAUCCAGCACGCGGUCUAAACUACGACAGGACAUAGAAAGCGGAAACGUCCAAGAGCAGUGCGCAGAGCUUAAAACUACAGGUCCUGCUACAGCGCCACGAACUGCACAGUUUAACGAGAUUGUGGUUUUACACUGUGAGUCGAGAUCCAGGCUGGCUGAAGUGACUUGGAGGUUUUUAAACAACAGCGUUGUAUCUCAGUUGCCGUACGUGCACCAGGCCGACGGCAGCCUUACGUUUCGUGUCACUCCGGAUACUGUGGGCAUCUAUCGCUGCGUCUCGGAGGAACUGGGCUUCAGGCAAAUCAUUGCCUCGUUUUCUGUUAUGCCCCCCAUUACCCCUCGUUCAUUCUCUCACCCAUCAUACCAGCAUCCCGAUGUUACCCGGGACUCCAGUAAGGACACUGAAAUGGAGCCAAUAUCUGAGGAAGAAACUGAAUCCACCAAAGGAAAAACUAAUCUCAUGAACCCUGAAAAUAUGGUUUGCAUCAAACAGAAGAGUUACUACACUGAAAUGAUUGCUUUUUGCAUCUUAUUUGUUAUGUGUAUCUGUUUGUUUACUGGUUUUGUGGUCUUCUGGUGGCACAGCAUGUGGUGUAACAAAACCGUCCCUCAAAAUGCCUGUAAAGAUUUAGAGACAGACAGUAUCUGGCAAACGGAAUUGGUAGAAAAGCAAUCUCCUAAUAGCUGAGUCCAGUUAAAACCAGCAGUAUGCUGGGUGUCAUAUAGACAAUGUUUAAAUAGCGCUGAUUCCAGAGAUAUGGGACAAAACCACUUACGCUUUGAAAUGAAUCAGAGAUGACCACUAGAAUGCUUUUAACACAAAUGUGACCCUGGACCAUAAAACCAGUCAUAAGUAGCACGGAUAUAUUUGUAGUAAUAGCCAACAAUACAUUAUAUGGAUCAAAAUGAUAAUUUUUAUGGCAAAAGUUAUUAGGAUAUUAAUCAUGUUCCAUAAAGAUAUUUUUUAAAUUUCGUAGCGUACAUAUAUAAAAAAGUAAUUUAUCAUUAGUAAUAUGUGUUGCUAAGACUUAUAUGGACAACUUUAAAGGUGAUUUUCUCAAUAUUUAGAUGUUUUUUGCACACUCCGAUUCCAGAUUUUCAAAUAGUUGUCGGUCAAAUAUUGUCCGAUCCUAACAAACCAUACAUCAAUGGUUCACAAAUGUGCAAUUUUUUUAAUUUAAUCAUUUCUUUUUUUUUUACUGUGAUUGUCAUUCAUUGUGAAGACAUGGAAUAUCAGUGUAAAAAAAUACUGGUUGCACAUGAUUAAAUUAUUAUUUUUUUAAAUUUGUUGGAUAGAUGUAAUACAAUUAUGGACACUGGUUUAAAAUUAUUGAAUCAAGUUUUCUGAAAAUAAAAUUAAUGUCAAUUAAUGUUGAUUAAUUGUAAGAAAACUUAAUUCAAUCAUGUGGAGCCAGUGUCCACAAGUUUUGAGAAAUUCAAAGCUCUUAAAAUAAAUCAAAUAAAUCUUUGGUGUCCCUAAAGUACGUAUGUGAAGUUCUAGUUAAAAAUACCAUAUAGAUAAUUUAUUGUAGCAUGUAAAAUUUGAGAAGUUUUUGGGUGUCUCUGCACUAAAUGGAAGUGCCGUGGUUGGAUAGUGCAGAUUAAGGGCGGUAUUAUCCCCUUCUGACAACACAAGGGGAGCUACAUUUCAUUGACCUAUUUUUUUCACAUGCUUGCAGAGAAU